CGGCGUGGGGGGGGGUCGGAGGCUUCUGGCGGGUGGCUGUGUCGGAGGCGAGAGCUCGCUCGGGCCGCGUCGCCGCCGUGUCCCCCCCGAAGCGGACGGAGAGCCAGGGCGCAGCGGGGGGGGAGAGAGACAGGGCUGCCGUCUUGCACACGUUCACGUCGUCGUGAGGAGUGCAGCCCGGACUCUCCCGCAGCCUCUCUCCGGCUCCCUUUCUCGCACGCCUCGAGGCGGCGACGCCGGCGGCGGCCAGCGAGACAACAUCGCACCUUCCCUUGACCCCUUUCCCGCGUCCCCCCAGACCCCAAGCCCCAGAGGGCCCAGGCAGCGCCCCACCCCCGCCCGUCCGCUCGCUCCGCCGCCGCCAUGUCGGCGCAGGCCCAGAUGCGCGCAAUGCUGGACCAGUUGAUGGGCACCUCCCGGGACGGGCCCUGGUGGUGGCAACCGCCUGUGUGCCACUGAAAAUCGUGCCGAUGCCUGGCAUACUGCAUAAAUGGAAGCAGGGUACCGCCCUUCACAGUUGUUGAUCACAUAACAUGGUCAUCCACUCACAGCUUAUAAAAAUACAGGGAGCAUCGGAGAGAAUGGGUUCAAUGUAUCUAUGCCUGCCUACUUCAGUCUGCAAGGGAGUGUCAGAAAGGCCCCGCAUUCGCCGAGCCGAGAUACUACUCGUCAACGAAUAAAAUUCAGUGAUGACAGAGUAUGCAAGAGCCACCUUCUCAACUGUUGUCCACAUGAUGUCCUUUCUGGAACUAGAAUGGAUCUUGGCGAAUGCCUCAAAGUCCAUGACCUGGCUUUAAGAGCAGAUUAUGAAAUUGCAUCCAAAGAACAAGAUUUUUUCUUUGAGCUUGAUGCCAUGGAUCAUCUGCAGUCCUUCAUUGCAGAUUGUGACCGAAGAACUGAAGUGGCUAAGAAAAGAUUAGCAGAAACUCAAGAAGAGAUUAGUGCUGAAGUAGCUGCAAAGGCAGAACGUGUUCAUGAAUUAAAUGAAGAAAUUGGUAAAUUGUUAGCCAAGGUGGAACAACUCGGAGCUGAAGGAAAUGUGGAAGAAUCCCAGAAAGUAAUGGAUGAAGUAGAGAAAGCCCGGGCAAAGAAAAGAGAAGCAGAGGAGGUUUAUCGGAAUUCUAUGCCGGCUUCCAGUUUCCAGCAGCAGAAACUAAGAGUCUGUGAAGUCUGCUCUGCCUACUUAGGGCUUCAUGACAAUGACAGACGACUGGCUGACCACUUUGGGGGAAAACUGCACCUGGGAUUUAUUGAAAUAAGAGAGAAGCUUGAAGAAUUAAAGAGAGUUGUGGCUGAGAAGCAGGAGAAAAGAAACCAGGAACGCCUAAAACGAAGAGAAGAGCGAGAAAGAGAAGAAAGGGAGAAGCUGAGAAGGUCCCGAUCACAUAGCAAGAAUCCUAAAAGAUCCAGGUCCAGAGAGCACCGCAGGCAUCGUUCUCGCUCCAUGUCGCGAGAACGGAAGAGGAGGACUCGAUCCAAGUCUCGGGAGAAACGCCACCGCCACAGGUCCCGCUCCAGCAGCCGCAGCCGCAGCCGCAGCCACCAGAGGAGUCGGCACAGUUCUCGAGAUAGGAGCAGAGAACGAUCCAAGAGGAGAUCCUCAAAAGAAAGAGUCAGAGAUCAAGACUUAGCAUCACGUGACAGAGAUCGAAAAGAUAAGAAGAGGUCCUAUGAGAGUGCUAAUGGCAGAUCAGAAGACAGGAGAAGCUCUGAAGAGCGUGAAGCAGGGGAGAUCUAAUUAGCUGUGCACACACCUUCCCUCCUCAGGCUUCCUGUGGAGCUCCUGUUGUGUAGCUGGCAGCUGUUCAGGGCGCCGCAGGGAGCAGUUCCAGAGAGCGAUUCAGUUAGAUGUGCAGGAGCUAACAUGACCUCAACUCCACCUGUUCCCCUUCGUGAAGCCUAAAACUGCAUCCAUAGUUUCUGGUGAACCUGUAAUACAAUUCUAAAAGUACAAUUUUUUAUAAGACAUUGAUCUCUUUAUUCUUUCAAGUAGGAGUGCUAGUGAAUGAAUUGUUGAUUUGCCUUGGGACUUUUUGAACAUUUGUAAUAUGCUGUCUUCCUUUCUAGUCCAAACAGCAGCAGCUUUGAGAAUUAACUCUGAUUAUUUUCCUCUGACUUUUGUAUUCCCCUAAUACCUCCACCCUCCAACUAUAGAAGAAAGAGGGUGGGAAGCAAUGUAACUUCUGUUCUGAGAGUCUCUUCCCACUAUUAGUUACUAGCUGCUUACAGUUCAGAGUGUUUCUACUGGAAUGUGUGCUGGAGAAAUUGCAAAUACUGGGUUGGUUUGUUUAAUGAUAUUUAGAGUUGGAAUUUGAGCAGCUGUUGCAUUACAUAGUUUUGUUUUUAUUGAAAAUUUGAAAUCAAACUUGAUUUUUCUGUUCUAAUGAAUUACUAUGUUCAGGAUGUUCUAAGGGGGGUGGGGAAGGGACUGUUUAAUAAGCACUUCCUGUUUUGUUUCUGUGAAGUAUAAAGGCUACCCUUAUGUAAAAAAAAAAAAACAAUAAAAUGAAACAAUCACCACCACCGCCACCACCGCUGAACUGUAACUUGUCUAGUAAAGUGUCAGUAGAAAUAUUGCUGUGGGCAUUUCCACUAUUUCUGUUACAGCAUUAGCAGUGCCUUAUUGUGCAAGGCACCAAAGGAAAUAAAUAUAUACUUGGGAAGAUUCCAGAUGACUUGUUGAUCCCCCUGGGCUCACUCUUCCCGAUUCUGCUCUGGUUAUUUCAGGCUGUUUCUGACGGCCUCUGUAGAGGGCUGCAUCUGCAGAAGAAAUUGGGGUAUUUUUGUUGCUGUUUUCAUUCAACAAGCCUAAAUAAAAAAUGGUAUAUAUAAUUAA